CUUUAUUUUUGAUUCUAUUAACUAAAGAAAAAAACAAACAAAUAAAUAAUAAAAAAAAAAGCUCGAUUCAAUAAGCUUUUCCAUCACUUAGAUUCCAUAAUGUCCAACGAUCCCAUUGACAGCAUCACUUUGAGACUCGGUGAUCUCACCACCGCAAAACCCACCCAAACAGCCCCAGGUGCACCUCCAAGUGGACCUGCUCAAGCAAUUGCUACAAAACCCCCUCAGGCUCAACCAAAAGCUCCUGUAAAGCAAGAUGCCCAAGAUGUAGAGGAUUCUUCAAACCUCAUUGAGAACAGACACACCGUAUUGGUAAAGUUGGCCGACCAGCAAGCUGAUCCCGACUCUCCUCUUUAUUCUGUAAAGAACUUUGAAGACCUUGGUUUGAGUCAGGAACUUUUGACCGGUCUUUACGAAAUGAAGUUCUCAAAGCCUUCAAAGAUUCAAGAACGUGCACUGCCACUUCUUCUUGCCAACCCUCCUAAAAAUAUGAUUGGACAAUCCCAGAGUGGUACCGGAAAGACUGCUGCAUUUGUAUUGACCAUGUUGACUCGUGUGGAUAUGAAUGUCAAACAACCUCAGGCCAUUUGCCUGGCUCCUUCGCGUGAGUUAGCUCGUCAGAUUAUGGAUGUUGCUCAACAGAUGUCCAAAUACACCAACAUUACCAAAGCCUUGGUUGUCAAGGAUUCAAUUGCCAAGAACCAACCUGUCAAUGCACAGAUCAUUGUCGGUACUCCUGGUUCAGUCCAAGAUGUCAUCCGCAAACGCCUGUUGCCUAUCAACAACAUCAAGAUCUUUGUGCUGGAUGAGGCAGAUAACAUGUUGGAUCAAUCUGGUCUUGGUGAUCAAAGUCUUCGUAUCAAGAGUAUGCUCAAGAGUAACCCCCAGAUCGUUCUAUUCUCAGCCACUUUCCCAGAAAACGUUACAAAGUUUGCCAGCAGAUUUGCACCCAAUGCCAACGAAAUUACCCUCAAGCGUGAACAAUUGAGCGUAGACGCAAUCAAGCAGUUCUACAUGGAUUGUGAUAGUGAAGAACACAAGUAUGAAGUCUUGACAAACUUAUAUGACAUGCUUACUGUCAGUCAGAGUAUCAUUUUCUGCAAGCGUCGUGAUACUGCAGAUGAGAUUGCCAGACGAAUGACUGAACAAGGACACGCGGUUGUGUCUUUGCAUGGAAAGAUGACUCCUGAGGACCGUGACAGAGUUAUGGAUGACUUUAGAAGAGGUGAAUUCAAGGUUUUGAUUACCACCAACGUACUUGCCCGUGGUAUCGAUAUUCUCCAGGUCACGCUGGUAGUCAACUAUGAUCUUCCUCUUGAUCAGCAAAACGAGCCCGACUUUGAGGCUUACCUCCAUCGUAUCGGCAGAACCGGUCGUUUUGGACGCACUGGUGUGAGCAUCAACUUUGUUCACAACGAGGAGACCUGGUCCAAAAUGCAGGAAAUCGAAAGACACUUUGAGAGACCUAUUGUCAGAGUAGCCACAGAUGACUGGGAGGCUGUAGAAAAGCAAUUGAAGAGUUAUAUCUAAUAUCUAAUAUCUAAUAUAUACAUGUAUGUAUAUAUAAAUGCUUGUAUCUAUGUAUCUGUAUGUAUGUAUGUAUGUAUGUAUAUAUUUAAUACACACAGCAGUAACACCACAAUCAUAGACACAAUCACCACCAUAAACAUCACCACAAACACAACCAUUAACCACCACCAACACCAACACCAACACCAACACCAACACCAACACCAACACCAACACCAACACCAACACCAACACCAACACCAACACCACCAACACCACCACCAUCAAUUAAAUUCAAUUCAAAUCACUUUUGCUACAUAACCACUACCAUAUUUUUCUUCUUAUACACUUAUAAUAUAUAUCUUUAUAUUUAUAUGUAUAUUUUAUCAAUAUAAAGGGUUACAAGGAUUACAAAAGUCCUUUUUGACUUUGGUUGGCUUGAAAAUCACAUGUUUUUCAUGGUUAUUUUCUGUAUCUUACAGAAGAGUUUUUUUUUUUUUAAAAAAAAAAAGAGAUUAUCUCUAUUUUUGAUAAUGAAAAAUAAAUAAAUAAAUUAUAUUAUACUAUUCUA